UGCAUUCUGGUGCUCUCCAUUCAGUCAGUGAGGUCUAAUACAGUGGGAGUGUGGGAAAAGAUUUGGGUACAGAGAACCACAUAUUUCUUUUGCCUCAUAUAGGGGGCUCAAUAAGGUUCACCCAAUUCAAUAAGAAGCUUCCAGUACUGCGGCAUUAACUAAACACUGUUGGUUUGACAGUAAAGGAAAGUGAAGGAUGAAGUGUUUGAGAUUCUGGCUGCCAGCAGCAGCCCUACUACUGCUUAGUGUGGCCGGAGUUGAGCAUCUCCAAGCUGAGAACCUGAAUCUUAUUCCCCCAGAUGAGCAUAACAUGGUCCUGAACCCUGGAAUGAGAGUACUGCCUAGAGACUGCUAUGAAAUGCUGAUGACCUCUUCAGGCCAAGCCAGAGACGGGGUGUACCUGAUCCAACCAGGUGACUCCCCCAUCGUGGCCUCCUGCGCCAUGCAGGAGGGAGGCUGGACCGUGGUGCAGCAUAUUACUGUCAAUAGCAGCGUGAAUUUCGAUCGUACCUGGGCUGAGUACAAGUAUGGCUUUGGGGAUGUAACUGGUGAUCACUGGCUUGGGAAUGAAUACCUUCAUCAGCUCACACGAGGCCCCGGGCGCUAUAAAUUGGGAGUAAAACUAGUGGACCGAGACGCCAUCACCAAGACAGGGGAGUACGAUCCAUUCCUGGUGGAGGAUGAAUCAUCAGCAUACAGGCUGAGGCUGGGGUUGUUCCAGGGCACAGCUGUAGACGCUCUGACUCUGGACACAGAGAACUACCUGCACGACAACCAAAGAUUCACCACUAAAGACAGAGACAACGACAACUACUUUCAAAACUGUGCUAAGCUGGAGUUUCAGGGGGUGCCAGGAGGAGGUUGGUGGUACGACGCCUGUGCUGGGGCCAACCUCAAUCGCAGGAAUGUCAUCUACUGGCAAAAGGACUGCAACAAGGAGCGACUGUGUAAGUACGCAUGGAUGAUGGUGAGACCGUCAGACACAGUGAAACUGAUUCACAGUGGAGACUGCAAGAAGGAUGAGCUAUAAGGACAUGAUUUGUGAUACUGUAUCA